ACACAGAGAGAGAGAGAGAGAGAGAGAGAGAGAGAGAGAGAGAGAUAGAGAUGGAGUGGAGGAGAACAGAGAGAGAGAUGAAAUGGAGGAGAACAGAGAGAGAGAGAGAUGGAAUGGAGGACAACAGAGAGAGAGAGAUGGAGUGGAGGAGAACAGAGAGAGAGCAAAAGAAGGGAAACGAGAAUCCCAGGGAGAAGUGGCAGCACGUACAGAAAGUGGUGUUCGGAGGCGAGCACACGCCAUGUCACACUCCACUGGCAAGCGAAAAAGUCGCUUCUCCUCACUGUGGGGACUGGAGACGAACUCAAAGAAGAAAAUACACACCCACACACACCCCAGCAUUGAGCAGGUGUUUGCAGAAGGGGAGGAGUCAGUGAAGAGAGAUCUGGAGGGAAUGAUGGAGGAAUCUUCAAGAGGAAAUGUGAAAGAUGAGCAGGUGUGUGUGACGGGCAUGGUGAAGGACCGCCUCACGCCCUCCUGGGUGUGUUUGCCCGACGGUCGUCCCAUUCUCACCGUAAUACGGCCUGGAGAGUCAGCACUCGACACACUCGAGACCAUCUGCAAGGCUCAUGAUUUGGACUCAACCAAACAUUACCUGCGUUUAAAGUUCCUGAUCGAGACACAGGUGCAGUUCUACAUCCCCAAGCCAGAGGAGGACGUAUACGACCUGCUCUACAAGGAGAUCGAGCUCUGCUCGAAGAUUAAGAAAGUCAUUCAGUUUGACAGGGAUGAGUCCUGCAUGAUCGGCUAUGGUUUCUCGAUCUCUAUGGUGGAGGACGACAGCGUGCAGCAGCUCUACAUUACGGACGUAAAAGCAGGAGGAUUAGCGUUCGCCAAAGGUUUGAAUGCGGGCGACGAGAUCCUACAGCUGAAUGGAAAAAACUCCAGCACAUUGACAUUCUCCGAUAUGAAGAUGGCAUUCUCUCAGGCAUCUCUCUCACUCACUGUGAACACACUGCCCCUGGUGGACCGAAGACAACACUGUUUCCUGCCCCCAAGACGCUCUGAUGCUGUCCAGCAACUCUACACCGACAUCUUCUCCCAGAACCAGGGUAAGUCAAGUCCGAACCAGGAGAACCAUGUGGACUGGUAUGAGUUGGGUUAAAAGAAACAGGGCACUGGUGAGUUGGAAAAUGGAAGAAUCAUGGUGAGUUGUUUAGAUGCAGCAGGACCACGAUAAGUUAGGAUAUUAUAGGAUACAAGAGAUCCUGCAUGGGGUACCAGAAGAACUUGGAAGGGCCUGUCAGAACCAGCAUGACCAGAGUAAGAUAGUUUGCUUUUCAGAAACUUGGGAUGAUGCGGUUAAAACCAGCAAAGCUAUGAUGAGGUUUCAACUAGCGUGGGUUGAGUUAGAAUUAAAAGACCUAGGAUGAGUUGGAUUAUUGGCCGAACCAGCAGAACCGCAGUGAUUUGAGUCUGAAAAAGCAAAACUACUGUAAAUGUUUGUUUAUAAUAUCAGAUUAUAAACAAAUGCAAAGUGGGUAGAAUUGGGUUACCGUCAGAAUUAGCAGAACCAUUGCAU